AUGUCUUCAGAGGAUAACACCUCCUCAGGAGGUGGAAGUGGAAGUGGAUUAGGUGGAAGUAAUGGAUUACAGGGUUCAAAGUCAUCAAUACUUGGUAGACGUGCCACUUUCUCAAAGGCCAAGAGCUUCAGACGUGUCAACCUCGGUGAAGCAUCACCAUCUUCAAAUCAACCGCAUACAUAUAGAUUCUUAAAUGGCGAAGAAUAUAGUGGACCAGAGUUGACACAGAUACAAUCACCACCAUCAACACCAAGGAGUCAGAGAUCAAUGUCGAUUGCAACUUCGUCACCAUCGACUGCGACACAAAUGCCAGAGGAGGAGGAUCACAAGACACCGGUGUACUUGGGCGCCGACGGCACAUUGUACAACAAGUUUUACAUUGCGAUCAGGAAUAUUGCGUCGGAGGAGCAGUCGCCCAAGCUGCCCUCCUCCAAGGACGCCGCCAAACCAUUCAAUGCGAACGACCAGGUCUAUCACAGCUUCCCCGAGAAUCACUCAUACGAUAACUAUUUUGACUACGAGCAGGCCGUCAUGGACUGGCGCGCCAACGUCCAGCAGAGCCUCGGACCUCUGCAGCUGCCCCACAACAUGGGUCGCACUUACAGUCGACCGCGCGUGGUGAUCAACCAGCGCAUUCUUUUGCGAAAGAACUCAGAGGCCUCCAAUGACGACUCGUUCUCCUACGACCCCAAGAUGCAGGAGUCCGAGCACACGGCGGACGGCGAUGACUCGAACUAUGGCCAGAGCCCUAGUCUCGAGCCCAGACAUCUCAGACACCACGAGGACGACACCGUCAGCAAGGAUGGCGCGUCAAGAAGCAGGAGUGGCAGUGAUACAUCGACAGGAUCAUUCGACGGCAGUGCACUGCUCGAUGGCAGCAGUCCCAUCGAUGGCAGUCCCUCGAGCGGCUCGCUCACAGGCAUGAUCAACGGCAACCGCAGUCGCAGCAACAGCAGCACAUAUUUCGAUCAGCGUGUUCUGCGCAAUUCAAUGUCGCCCAAGCAGGCCAUGUCCAGGCUGGGCGAGUCGGGAGACUACAAGAUGUCCAGGGCGGCUGACGAGCCGCUCACACGCGACCCCUGGGACUCGCAGCUCAUCCUGCAGGAGCCCAUUCCCGAGCUCUACAACACGUUUGAGGAGUACGAGUACGCGAUGAAGAACUGGGCGAUUGAGGUGAUCCUCAAGACGUCCGUGCUGCCGCCACACUCCAAUCAGCUCAUCCAGCUGCCCUCAAAGGACAAGUCGGGCGCGGCGUCCGGCGCCGAGUCGGAGAACAUGCCCAACAAACAAAAGAAUUACUACGACCCGGCGAUGCGCGACGCUCUGCUAAAGAGCCACUGGAAGAUUCGCUCGGGACUUGUCAUUGUCAAGAGCGAGCAGGAGACGCUCAACGAGAAGCACGUGCUAUGCUACCAGGAGCUGUUCGACUACACGUACAACAUCACCAAGUUCUUUGAGAGCGUCGAGAUCACCGUGGACAAGGUUUGGAAGCGCAUCGAGGGCGAGCCCAAGAUGACGCUGAUCGACGUCAUGGAUCGCUGGUAUCGCAAGAAGCAGAACAUCCACCGUCAGUCGCUGUCGGUCUACAAGGGAGGCAUCUGGGCCAACCAUCUGCUGAUGCCGACCAUCCCUGUCUACUGGAAGGACUCGCUCACGCGCAAGCAAGCCUUUCUACCGCCACUGCCCAUCAAGGCGCUGAGACGUAGCGACAUCAACUCGGAGCCAGACGGACGUCGUGUGGAGCUGGCCUACCUCUCACCCGACAUGCCACUGGACUUUUACAAGCUGCUGCCACCCAACAUGAACAUUCAGUAUAUCCUCAGCAUGUUUGACACGACCUUUACACAGUCCAACCCAUUCGCGCCAAUCGCCAGCGUCACAUCCGAGGAGACAAAGCAGUACAUCAAGAACGCGCGACAGUAUGAGCGUCGCCUGGUGCAUUCGUUCCGCUUCGACGAGUAUCAGUCUUGGAAGGCUGGCGUUCAGAAGGAUCAAGACGUCAAGCAGUCCAACAAGAAGGACAUUGAGGCCAUCCUCAUCCAGCAGCCCUUCCAGCUGGAUUCAAUCACCAACCUGGUCAAUGCGCACAAGAUCUACUUGGAUGUUUUCCAGGAGUUCUUUGACAUCGACCCAUCAAAGAUGUACGGCGUCCAGCUGCCGCCUAUGACCAGCUCCACCUCGCGCGCUGGCGUCAAUGGCGGUACGAGCUCCACACCAAGCACGCCCAACAUUCAAUCCACGCCGGUCAAGCAGUCUGGCGCAACGUCACCCCACAACAAUGCGCUGCUGAGCAGCCCACCCAGUCGCUCAGGCUCACAGACCAGCUUUGCCUUUGGCUCCCCGGCGUCCAACAAGCCAUUGGCGUCGCCCUCCCAGACUUCCACCAGCGCGCUCUCCACAUCGGCAGGCAUCGAGUCGCCAAGGUAUCCAAACGCACAGCUGGCCAACAUCAUUCAGAACAGUCUGAGCAACAACAGCAGCCCAUCAAAGACCAACGUGCUUCACAGCACCGCCACGCCCACCAACAGCGGCGCCGGCAGCAGCAGCGGCAAUGGCAGUGGCAUCACCAAUGUCAGCACGUCAUUCGUGCCGUCUGCCAGCCAAUACACACAGUACACGCAAUACCUGUUCAACUACGUCACGCCGCAGACCUUCCCCCAGGUCCUCAAGCUGUUUGAGCGUGUCAACAGCGUCAACGCACACACCAAGCUCUCCACCAUUGUCAUCGCCUGUCUCUCCCAACCUGAUGGCAAAGGUGUUGCACUAUUAGACAGCAUCAUAUCAGCCAAGGACAUAUUCUCAUUAUACAGGAUUGCACAGGGCAUGUCAUACUUUGAUGCAGUACCUCUGGACCUGUAUCCCUAUCCAGUCAACCUGAAUCAGUUCCUGAUUCCAUCCAUUGCCAAGGGAUCGACACAGGAGGUGAUGCGUCAGGUAUUUAUGUAUUAUUAUUUGAACGUCAUCCUGGACAGAGUCCAAUACUACAUGUCCAACUCGGCAGCUACAGCCUUGGUUGCUUGUAUAAACUCACACAAAAAGGAAACUGCGCAUCAUAUUGGCACACAGCUACAGAGCGAUAAGGAGCUACUGGGCAAGAUCUUUAGGGCACUGAGCAGGAAGUCCUCAUCAAUCUCACAUUGCUUCCUGUUCAUUCUCAUCCAGCUGUUGAGAAUCCAAGAUGCUGUCGUCAUCUCAUUCUUGAAGACAAAGGACAGCUUGCUGCCUCACCUGAGGGACUUGUGUCAAAGCAAGUUCCUUCACUCACAGUUUGCCGCACGACAGUUGUUCAACAUCUUGCAGGAGGAUGGCUGGAAGGACUUCCUGUACCAGGAGUACUCGGAGAAGGAUGCUCUGAUCUCCGACCUGACGUCGACGGGCGAUCGUGGACCCAACUCCACCAACCUUCUCAGCGAGCUGGUGCUCGCCAUGUGCAUCAACGCUCUUGACUCAAUCUCUGGCGCCACACCCGCUCACAAGGUGCGCUUCAUCCUCAACGAGCAGUUCUUCUAUCAAAUCUACAACACUAUCAUCAAGUCCAAGAAGGUCGACAGGAUCACCGAGAACCUCUCCCGACUGUUCGCCAACAUCUGUAAGCAGAGCAUCAGAUGUUCAUUCAUCAAGAAGAGCGAGAACAUCAAGACGAGCAAGAAGAACACGAACGACCAAGAGAUACAAGUGUCACCAACGGUGAUGUUUGAGCUGCUAGCAUUCGUGCAGCCACAAUCACCAUCCGAUCGAUCACUUGUCAAGAGCUACAUGCUCGAAUCACUGCGACACUUGUUGAAGUUCAACGACUUGUUUGAGAUACUCAAGAAGGAGACAGCACUCUACCUCAAGCUGCUGAUUCCAUCUUGCAGAGAGGGACGCAACCCUGACUUCAACAGGAACAGCUGGCGCAUGUUCUUCCAGAUCAUCCGUUUCCAUCCAACGCACAUCGAGUACCUGGAGAAGAACAAGUACCUGGCACACUUUAUCGAGAUUGUCAGCACCAAUGCCAGCCAGGUCGUGCUGACCAACGCCCUGCACUACAUCACCAAGCUGUUCUCGCUUGUGAUGUACGAGCACCGUCGCGCCACACUUUGGAAAGUGUCAUUCCACGACCUCAAGUCCAACGAGCGUGACGUCAAGACGCUGCGCGACUUCUUCAUCGACCGACAUAUGUUCAUCAAGAUCCACAUGGUCUAUCGUAACUACAUGGAGAACAAGCUGGCGGGUCGCCCCACAGAUGGACGUGCCUACAUCCAGUUGUUCAACCUGUAUCAGGCCAUAUCGACGCUGCCCAUCUGUCAGAAGCUGUUGAAGGACUCUGCCAAGAACACAGACUACAAGGAGGGUUUCAACAAGGUGUCAAAGUGGUUCAAAGAUGAUACUCAAUCAUUGAUUAGAUAG